AUGAAAGAUGCUCCAAAUCUCAAUAAGUUCAAAUCAUGGCUGAAGCAUCCCGAUCAAGGGAUUCAUAUUCAUCCUUCACUCGACAUACGACAGCACGCUGUCAAAGAAGGCUAUGGUGUAUUUGCUCGUAAGAGAAUUCAGCAGGAUGAGAUUGUUAUGCGCGUACCCAAGAAGUGUCUCUUGUCGCCUCAGACAUGUGCCAUCGCCAAUUUACUCGUAUCAAGCGAUCUUGGUGACAUGGUCGCCGUGUGUCUGGCUUUCCUAUACGAGAAGUAUUUGGGCCCAGAGAGUCCUUGGCAUGCUUAUAUAGCCAUGAUGCCUGAGAAGGUCCCGAUAUCGAAGCUUUGGACAGAGUCUCAAAGACACCUCUUGCGAGGCACAGAAGUUCAAGUGGUCGGCGGCACCACCUUGUCAGAUUUCAAACACAUGUUCAAGUCAGAGGUCAUGCCAUUCCUAAAGUCUCAUGACGCAUUGCUGUCAGAAUUUGUCAGGACGCUGACCUUUGAGUCAUUUUGCUACGGAAUGAGUGUUGUUGGGUCACGCGCUUUUGAAGUCGAUGCAUUUCACAACCUCGCCUUGUGUCCCUUUGCCGAUAUGCUUGACCAUACGCUCGACGAGCACGUUCACUUCACGACGCAGUACGAGGUGUGCGAAGUAUGCGGCGAGGCCGAUGGCUGCGCUCAUGCAGAGAUGCCAAGUGACGCUGAGAUGGGCAGCGACCAUGGCCAGGACAACGAGAUGGGCGACGAUGCUGAGUCGACAGGCGCAUGGUCUGACAGCGGCUCCUCAACCGUCUCUCUAGACAACAACUCGGAUGACCUCUGCGAUCUCGUUACAACCCGCACCGUCGACGCUGGGUCUGAAGUCUACAAUACCUAUGGCGACUGUGGUAAUGAUGUCCUUCUGGCCCGAUAUGGCUUCGCCCUGGCUAAUAAUCGCCAUGAUCGCCUGAGUCUCUGGGCUGAGGCGCGAGAUUUGUCCAAGAGCCAUGGAGCUUUGCAAUGGUUGGAGAUCAACGGGCGCGCCCUGAUCAAGGCAAUUACGUGGCAUGAAGGAAUACCUGUGGGUCCCGGAAAUGCUGAAGAUGCGGAUGAGGAUGAUACUGACAUUGAAGACUUGUUCUUCAUCGACAAUGACGGCAGUAUCUCCGCCAUGAUGAUGUCGCUUUGCAUCAUCAUGUUUUACUUUCCGGCGGCUCCCCUGCAAGACUUAGCCUGGGAUGCGAUUCUGGCUCCGGUCCAAAAUGUCAUUGAUGCUUGGGAUUUUCUCAACAACAAGUUGCCUCUCCCAAUACACCGCUCCCUUCCUCUGAACGUGAUUGGAUCUUUGCGCGUGGGCUACAUUGUGGAAAAGCGAAGGAAUCGAAACGCAUCCGUGCUGAAGGAGCAUGAUAUCAGUUCCGACAUUGCAGAGCUGGAACGGCGUAUCACCACCACUCGAACGGAACGAAAAUGGGAGGAGCACUUCGCUUUGAUUGUGAUUCAGUGUGAGCAACAGGAAUUGUGCAUGGAUGAAGGCACGAAUGUCAAACGAGCAUGA